AUGGCCAAUCCCAUACGGCCCUUCUUUAAUUCUCCAUUGCCUCUCUUUCUUCUUCCGCCGCAACAGCAUGAGCUGCUUUCUUCCCCCAGUCCCCCGCCGCUUUACACGGACCAGUCACACACACAGUUAUGUUUACAUUGUAAUUUGAUAUCCAAGUCUACAUUCUAUGGGCUGUUUUCUUCCGCGGCAGCUGCUGUGACUUAUGUGCCAGCAAAGACAGUGAUGCAAAUGCUGAAAGAUUGGGACUACCUAAUUGUUGAUCAUGAUCUCAACAUGACAAUGUCGCAGUUUAAAAACAAACAUGGAGAGAACAUGAAAAGGGAGGACCUUACUAUCAAUAGAAGGAAGAGAGGUGACGAGUCUGAUCAGAUAUUUGAUUUGAUUUAUGUGUUUUUUCCCGACGAACCCAAAGUUGGGGUCAAGACAAAGGAGAGUUACAUCACACGCAUGAAUCAGGAGAAUGUGAUUAGAGCAAUCUUAGUUGCUCAACAAAAUCUGACUCCUUUUGCAAGGACCUCCAUUAGUGAGAUGGGUUCAGAGUACCACUUGGAGAUUUUCCAGGAGGCAGAAUUGUUGGUGAAUAUUAAAGAGCAUGUUCUAGUUCUUCCGCAUCGGGUUCAUGCAAAUGAGGAAUAUAAGACUUUGCUGGAGAGGUACAUUGUGAAAGAAACACAGCUUCCUCUUAUUCAGGUGAUUGAUCCAAUUGCAAGAUAUUACGGGCUUAAUCGUGGACAAGUUGUGAAGAUAAUCCGGCCAAGUGAGACUGCAGGGAGAUAUGUCACCUACCGUUACGUUAUCUAAGUACUUUUUUUGUAAGCUGAAACCUGGAUUGCGUUAGUGUUAUUUAUAAUUAUCGUAAUGGAAGGUUAGCUCAGAAGUGAACAUUGCAGUUGGGAUUUUGCAAAGGCCUCCAUUAGUGAAAUGGGUUCAAAGUACCACUUGGAGAUUUGAAGGAUUGGAGAGUGGAGAAAGAAGCCAUGCUUGGUCUUCAGAGAUUGCACAAAGAAUGGUGCAAACAAUUGCGGGCUGUUCCAGAUGGGCUUCAGGAGAUUACUACCUAUGCCGAGUUGAUUCUGCAGUAGGGUUGGGGAAGGACGAGAGGAUUUCUACAAAAUCAAACAUGUGCCUUCUCUUAUAAUCACAAAUAUGGAUUAGACGAUGAGCCAGAAAUGGAGGAAGCUGCACAUGUGUCUCAAGUAGUUGUAGGUCGAGUUGGUGACUCAUCAGGAAUCAAUUGUGGACGCUCCUCCUCCUCCUGAU